CGUUUUUCCCGUCUCUGCAUAGGUAUUAAUAUGUUCUUUCUUACUCUUUUAUGAUUCUUUGUCUGUUAAUUCUCUUCUUAAUUUCUCUGUCUUUGAUUUUCUAGUAUGGUUCUCGUCAAUCGACUCCCAUCUCUCUCCGCUUCUCAUUUCCAUUCUUCACUCCUCUCUAGAAAACCCCAUUCCAUUAAUCUUCAGAACCUCUCUUGCUCUUUGUCCAACAAACCUCACUCCUCGUCAUCAUCUUCUCCCUUCACAGAAAAACACUCCCUCGAGAGAUACCAAAGAGAUAGCUGGUUAUACAAAGACCCAUCUCUCAAUUUCUCUUGUUCUCUCCCAAUCGAUUCCAAUUCCACUCGAGAGAUCGACAUAGCCCUGCAACUUCCCGAGCUGAAGAAGCUACUUCAAGUUUUGAAAGAGAAACGAGAGAUUGAAGGGUCGAAUGAGAGAAAUAGAGGGCCUGGAAAUGUGUUCUUGGUCGGGACUGGGCCCGGAGAUCCGGAGCUAUUGACGCUGAAGGCGUUGAGAGUGAUUGAAAGUGCUGAUCUUUUGUUGUACGAUCGGUUAGUGUCCAAUGAUGUUUUGAACUUGGUCAGACCAGAUGCAAGGCUACUUUAUGUUGGCAAGACUGCUGGUUACCAUAGCCGAACUCAGGAAGAGAUCCAUGAGUUGCUUCUGAGUUUUGCAGAAGCCGGUGCUACUGUUGUUCGGCUAAAAGGAGGGGAUCCAUUGGUAUUUGGGAGGGGUGGAGAGGAGAUGGAUUUCUUGCAACAACAAGGGAUUCAAGUCAAGGUUAUUCCAGGCAUUACAGCUGCUUCAGGAAUAGCAGCAGAAUUGGGAAUUCCAUUGACCCAUCGGGGUGUUGCAAAUAGUGUUAGAUUUCUCACAGGGCACUCAAGGAAAGGAGGUACUGAUCCUCUGUAUGUGGCAGAGAAUGCAGCAGAUCCUGAUUCAACCUUGGUUAUAUACAUGGGCUUGUCCACUCUCCCAUCUCUUGCUCAGAAGUUGAUGCAUCAUGGUCUACCAUCUGAUACACCUGCUGCUGCAAUAGAACGAGGGACUACCCCUCAACAACAUGUGGUAUUUGCAGAACUUAAGGAUCUCAUCGAUGAAGUUACAUCAGCAAACUUGGUUUCUCCAACCCUAAUCAUCAUUGGGAAGGUUGUCGCACUCUCGCCGUUCUGGCCCCACUAUUCAAAAGAAGCAGCUAUUUUGGUGGAGACUCAGUAGUCAAGUUCAGGAUAUCCAAGAAAAGGAACAGUGGUAUUUAUGUUUGAAACACGGUUUUAACUGAGGCCUUCCAACUGCGGCGCUGUAAUCGGUGUCGUUACUUGCACAUCGUGGAGGCACAUUUGUCUGGGUUGUCUUCUACCUGGUUGAAUUGGAGCUAAGUGGAGCUGCUGUUGCAGCUGGAACUGGACAUGGUCUGGGAUUUUUGUUAUGGUGCCAAUGAGUGUGUUAUUGUCCACAUUGCAUCCAAUAAAUGGAAGGAAGAAUCCCAUGAACUCCAUUGAUAUGUGGAAAUUCCCUCCAGGUCUGCAACCAGG